AUGAAUACACUCUUUUCUUUAGCAGUCCUCGCACUGUUCGACCUGCGUGAAGCUAAAACCGUCAUCGUUACGGUAACCGCAGACUAUUGUCCCUUUGAGCCUACUGUUGCUACCUCUACUUUGGUGCCAGCAACUUCUUCCCCAGCUGACUCCACACUGGUGCCCGUAACAUCAUCACCUGCUGCUGUUUCUUCGCUCUCGCCUGAGACCUCAGGUGGGGCACCAACCUCGUCGAGUAACCUCACACUUUCGCUCGUUAAAUCGGCUAAUAAUGAUGCCGUGGCUAGUGGUUUGCCUAAAUCCUCUAGUCCGGUGGCUGCACCUACUAAUUCCAACGUUGUCACUAGCGUCCUCACCGGUCCUACUGAAACUCCUAAUUUGAUCGCACCUUCUGAUGCGACCACCACCACCGACUCAACUAGUACCACUACUAUUACUCGCACUAUUACGGAGACGAUCACUACGUCUAUUGACUACUCGAGCACUGCUAAUGCAGGCUCUGUUGCACCUACAGCCGUCUCGCCCAGCUCUAGUGCCCUCUCCACAAGCGGUCUUGAAACCUCAUCCCCAGCUGUUACUACCAGUUCUGCUGCGGCUAGUGGUUCAGCGGCUAGUGGUUCUGCAGCCAGUGUUUCCGCAGCUAGUGUUUCCGCGGCUAGUGUUUCCGCGGCUAGUGUUUCUCCCAGCGUCUCUGAUCCUGUUACCUCUAUCGGCCAGUCUACAACCAGUGCUGUCACUUCGGCUGUUACCAAUUCUAUUGACCCAGUCGCUACCUCCGCUGCCGAUCCGACCACCAGCAGUGGCCCAGCGCCCACCACCAGCAGUGACCCGGCACCAACUACCACUUUGACUACAAGCACUCUCCCUGCCGCUCCUAAGCAAACAUUAGAUGCAUUUGAGCAGGAUGUUCUUGACUACCAUAAUAAUGUUCGGGCUAUCCACCAGGCCCCCCCUAUGGUAUGGAAUGAGACUAUUGCAACCUUUGCCAACAACUAUCUCGGCACUGUGAUUCCCACGUGCCAUUUCGCCCACUCUGGUGGCCCAUACGGUGAGAACAUCGCUCUUGGUUUUGCCACAACUGAUGAUGCUAUGGACGCCUGGUACGAUGAGUACAAGCUUUACAACUACACUGCCGGCCAGUUCUCCGAGCAAACCGGCCACUUUACCCAGAUGGUCUGGGUUGGAUCUACCAGCGUCGGUUGUGCUCAGCAACAAUGUGCGGAUGGUCGCGAAUACCUCGUCUGUGAAUAUUAUCCCCGCGGUAACAUCAUCGGAUGGUUCACUGAGAACGUGCUCCCGCCUAAAUAA